AUGAGUAUCAAGACUGGCACUUCGACGUUUAUCGGCAUGCUGAAGGAGUUGGGGCAGUCGCUGGCGGCGAAACAGCCACAAAACCAGCAGGUGAUCAAGGGGAUUGGCCCGUGUCCACCGACUAGUUUUCCGCUUUUUGUCAAGAUCACCACCAUGACUUUCUCGUCCCUAUUCGCCGGGGUUUUGGUCGCAAAAUACGGUGCGGCGUAUUUCAACUUUAAAUUGGCCACCGAUGAUGAUGAUGACGAUGACGAUGAUGAU